CCCACUCUCUUUCUCAACCCCUCCACGAUCUCCUGCAACUUGUUUUUCCGUGUAUUUAUUACUCAAUAACACGCACGCACGCUCUCUCUCCCUCUUGCAUAAAUCCCACCAAGGACCCUUUUCAGUUUGUUAGCUGUAUCUCUUCCGAAAGAUCACAAACACUUUUCCAUAUAUAAUUCCCACCCAAUAGAGAGAUCAAGCAAGGGGAAAAAGUUAUCAUGAACAGUAGUUUUGGUUCUAAAAAAAGAGAAGACUCCUUGAAAGGAAGAUGGCAAGAGAUUAGAAGAUCAUUCCCAAACAUGAGCCAGUACACUCGACCAACUUCUUCUGUACCCAACUUCAUGGCUAAGCCUAUAACCUUCCCUGGCUUUGAAGAUGACGAUGUUGUUUCCACCAUUAUCCCUCCGGUGACAGUUGCUCUCGAGGGCCGUUCGAUCUGCCAGAGAAUUAGCCUUCAUAAGCAUGAAAGCUAUCAUAGCCUUGCAAAGGCUCUAAGGCAGAUGUUUGUUGAUAUUGGAGCUGGCAGCGAUUCAGGACUGAACACAUCAUCAGCAUCAGAUAGUGUUAGUGAUCAUGAUCUUGAUCUUUCAAAUGCGAUUCCUGGUCAUCUCAUUGCCUAUGAAGACAUUGAAAAUGAUCUCCUUCUUGCCGGUGACCUUAACUGGAAAGAUUUUGUGCGUGUGGCCAAGAGGAUCAGGAUACUGCCCGCAAAGGGGAAUUCAAGGAAGGCAACAGGAGGGACGGCUGUGCGAUGAUUGCAUUGAUCAAGGUGUAAGAAGCCAUGGAAGUUAUAUAUACGUACACUUUAUUAUUGAAAAACUGGUUUUACGUGUUUUUAUUAUGGAAAAGAUGGUGGCGAUUAAGCUAGGUGUCUUUUGAAGGACAUGAAGUUCUUCCGUGUGUAAACCGUAAAGGACCUCGUUUCCUUCCAUGAAUGAAAGAACUUUAAUUUCCCGA